UACGCUAAUCGCGCUCUGACAGAAGACGCGAUACUCGUCGAUCUACCAGUUAUCUCGAUGAUUCGAGAUUCGCGCAGUUGGGAUUACGCCAUGAAAAGAAGACAAUAGCGAUUUCUAACGACUUUUGAGUGCAGCGCGUUCGUCGUCGAGCGAUGAAAAAUGUUUGACCCGCCGAGCGUUCUGUUGAGUUUUUCGAGUGCGGCAACUCUGCUUGCCACUGGCUUCGUCCUUUUCUAUUUCUAUGCCAAGUAUAAACAGUCGUACUGGCGGCGAAGAGGAGUUGACUCGCCACCGGCUCACUGGUUCUUCGGAAAUUUCAAAGAUGCCAUCUGCCUUCGUUCGGCACCUCCGGCUGUCCUCGGUGAUAUUUACAAAUAUUACCAAGGUCAAUCGGACAAACCGGUAAUUGGUCUGUACGUCAUGCAAACGCCCUUUUUACUACUUCGCAGUCCAGAAAUUAUCAAGCAAGUUUUUAUAAAAGAUUUUCACAAUUUUACCGAUCGCUACUUUGCGUCGAAGAGAAAAACUGACGUUGUCGGAAGUACUAGCUUGUUUUCCAUCGACAAUCCAGAAUGGAAGUAUCUUCGCGUCAAAUUGUCACCAGCUUUCACCAGUGGAAAGCAAAAGAAACUUUUCGAGCUUAUGGUCGAGAGCGCAGAGAAUUUGAAUCAGUACAUGGCCACAAAAGUUGGUGUCGACAGAGUCGAUUUGGAAAUUCGCAGAGUAGCUUCCAAGUACACGACCGACGUCAUAUCUUCUUUGUCUUUUGGCAUCAGAACUAAUUCUUUUGAUGAGCCUGAACCUGAGUUUUUUGUUCGCAGUAGGGAUAUUUUCAAACAAGAUCUCAGCCGCACUAUCAAUUUGUUUUUUUCCUUUUUCUUUCCAAAGUUAGGCGAUUUGUUAGAGACAAAAUUUCUUGGCAAUCAUGAAGAUUAUUUCCGGAAAAUAUUUUGGGAGUCCGUGAAUGAACGAGAAAAAUCGGGUAUCAAGCGAGGAGAUCUGAUCGAUUUUUUGGUCGAACUUAAAAAUGAACCGCAAGAUGCCCAAUUUCGUUUUGACGGCGAUCAGUUACUGGCGCAAUCGGCAAUAUUUUUCGUCGCCGGUCUCGAAACAAGCGCCAUAACCAUGACUUUUACCCUCAUGGAGUUGGCCAAACAUCCAGAGAUUCAAAAAAAAGUACGAGACGAGAUUCGCGAAAAAAUUGGCAAAGCAGCCCUGACGUACGAAAUGAUAUCGCAGAUGACCUACCUUCAACAAGUCGUUUCGGAAACCCUGAGGUUGUAUGCUCCCGCGCCCCUGCUCGAUCGGGUGGCGCUCAACGAUUACAAGAUACCCGGCACGGACAUAGUCAUCGAGAAGGGCACAGUGGUUUACACGACACUCAAGGGGGUACACGAGGAUCCAGAAUUUCACUCAGACCCCAUGAAAUACGAUCCAGAUAGGUUCAGUGAGGAACGGAAGGAUAACAUUCAACCUUGCACAUACAUGCCAUUUGGUGAUGGACCGAGAAUAUGCAUAGGAAUGCGAACGGGACAACUGCAAACCAUGGUGGGAUUGAUCACAAUUUUGAGAGAAUACGAGGUUUCGCAGAAUACCAAUUAUAAAAAUGAAGUGAGCAAACGAGCUAUUUUUACGGCACCAGCUGACGGAGUUCAUAUUUAUGUAAAAAAGAAUCCAGUUUUGUAACUUGUAUCAAUGGAAAAUUAGUUUUCAAUUUAUGCUUAGCUGACAUAUUUUUAAAUAAAAGGUUCUAGCUA